GGCCGGGCUCUGUGGCCGGGUCUUGUCCUCCUCUUGUCCUGCUGUUGUCCUGGCCGCGCUGACCAGUCCUGGCAACACUGACUGGCGGCACCCCUGAACUCUGUGGCCGAGUGUUUAGACUGCUGGGUGACAUCCAACCGGACGCCCGCGAAAGAAGCGGAAUCGCGUAGGGGCCCGCCUCAUAUUGUUGAUAGAUAUCGUGAGACGCAUUGGACAUUGUCAAUUUUUCAUGAGUAUGGUCAACAGAAGCAAUUUGCUCUUGGGGGGGGGAAGGUAGGGCGUACCAAGACGUCGCUUUUGACUAACAUUGGUCCAAAGAAUCGUUUUGAAACUGUUUGGGGUCUAUGCUGGUAUAUAUACUGUAAUUGUUCUCAUCUAAGAAAUGGAUGGCCUAUAUAAUUCUAACGGCCUACACACGGCCGUUCAAUCAGCUCGUAGAAGAGUCGAUCACGAACCGGCCUGUCCCAGAACUUGACAUCGAUGAACGAAAUGUAUCGUUCACGUGUCGAUGUACUCAGUGGUUUCAGAGGUCCCGCAGCCCCAGAUGUUUUAGACAGGUGGGGGGCCAUAUAAACCACCGACAUUGGGCAGUGUCCCAUCUACUCUAACCCACUGCAUCGUCAUUUUGUCUUGCAGCUCCCUACAAGAUGUAUCAUUGGCGCAUGAGCAUAGAAGGAUUUGCAGACGAGCACGUGUAUCGUUCAACCUUUAUGUCCAUCCCAUGACAUUCGGCUAAGAACCUUUGCAGUUCAGAAUGCACUAACCAUAUCCAUACAAUUCCCCAUUCCUCGGGCAGUACUACCUCAGGGAUCAGGAUCAUGCAGCAGUUGGUAACAAUAUUCCACUCCCAUCCCGCGCUCUGUGAGUCGAGUGAAGUCGGACACGCAGCUGGCAGCACUUUGUUCGUUGCAAUCUGAUCAAUCUGCACGGCACGACUAUUCCACAGGCUUUCAGGAGUUCCACUGGCAUUGGGCGGGUAUGUUUGCGCGAUUCCUCGACUGCACAGUUGCUUGGGCCUGUCGCCGGAUGUUGCGGGGCGUCCCUCCGAGUUGGCGUGCUUGGGCCACCAAGUUGAGAUGUCCCUUUGUCAUACAUACGUUCGAAAACCUUUGUGCCGUCUCCUUUGUGCAGAAUGCCCUAAGUCGAAUCAGACAACUCGCUGCAAAUCGAUGAUCGAUCCAGCUACGUGCUAACGUUUUCCAGCUACACGCUACGUUUUUGGAACUGAUGGUUACGGUUCACAGGCCUGCGCUAUUCCCAGUACGCAAGUUUUCCCAAGUCAGCGGGAAGAUGUAUCGUUGUAGAAUUCUGAAAUAGAACAACAAUUCUGUGCUUAUGGCGCUCAACCGUGACCAUCGCAAAUGCCUCCAAGAUUGACAGUGAUGGAUUGGAUGCAGUUUUCUACGUAUUCUGUGGCCCGGGGAAGACAGAAAUGGAAAUGAAAGACUUUGUGAAGUUCUGCCGCAACACAAAGAUCACCGACGCGACCUUGCCGCCAGCUGUGGCAGAACUCAUUUUUAACGACCACCGAGUGAAAGAGCAUGGGAAACGCACCCUUGACUUCUUUGAGUUUGGGGCCGCGCUGGAGCAGCUGGCUGAGCGGAAGCACGUGAAGGUGAGCGACCUUCAUACCGUGGCCCUCCUCACGGGCGGGCCGCAGGCCAAGUUGACGCCCUCCAAGGGGGGCGAACCACGGCUGAAAGGGCGCCGAAUGCGUUCGCGCCGCGUCUCGCGGAUCCAACGCGACACCAAGAAGCUGCAACCCAUCCUGCAGGACAAGGAGGGCUGGCGGCGUGAUGUGGACAAUGCCCAGCUGUGGAAAACCUUCGGCCUCAGCACCUCAGCGGGCCGUGCUCUACGCCAGAUCUAUGGCGCAAAUGUGGUGCCCCCGCCCCCAGAACCGCCUCGCAUGCCCUCGGUGUGCUCAUUGAAGCUUCAGAAGAUUCAAGGAGCCUUGGAUUGCGGGACACGUCUUCAACCCCCAGGAAUGAGCCAAAGCAUCUCGUUACCUUCCUUGCGGGUGAGUGAAAGCCCCAAAGCAUCUGAGAGCCUUCCACUCCUUAGUGCUGGCACCCGCUUGGUGCGCUGAACCGCCCGACACCGCGACGCCGCACGGACGUGCCUGGCGCCGAAAGCACAAGAGGUGCUUUUGGCGCGGCAAGCGGCCGUCGUGCAAUCCAGCUUGGCUGAUGGAAC